CCACUUCUCACCAGGGACGAAGAGCAGCACUGCAAGGAGCUCCCAUCCCAGCCAGGCAAAGAUGUCAAGAGCAGUGCAAGCUCGAAGGCUGGAGGGCAUAGAUAAGAACAUCUGGGUGGAGUUUGUAAAGCUGGCUGCCACCUAUGCCAAGGUGAACCUGGGCCAGGGCUUCCCUGACUUCCCCCCACCAGACUUCCUGAAGGAGGCCUUUGUGAGAGCCCUGAGUGGGGAGGACCAGAUGCUGCACCAGUACACCCGAGCCUUCGGACACCCACCUCUGGUGAAGGUCCUAGCCCAGUUUUUUGGAAAGCUGCUUGGACGAGAGCUGGAUCCUAUGACCAAUGUGAUAGUGACUGUGGGCGCCUACCAGGCCCUUUUCUGCUGCUUCCAGGCAUUUGUGGAGGAAGGGGAUGAGGUGAUCAUCAUUGAGCCCUUCUUCGACUGCUACGAGUCCAUGGUGAGGAUGGCUGGGGGCACCCCCGUGUUUGUCCCACUCAGACUGAAAACUCCGGAAGCUGGCAGCUUGAUGUCUAGUGCAGACUGGCAGCUGGACCCAGCUGAGCUGGCUUCUAAAUUCAGCAGUCAGACAAAAGCUAUCGUCCUGAACUCACCCAACAACCCUCUGGGCAAGGUGUUCGGGCGCAGGGAGCUGGAGCUGGUGGCUGCGCUGUGCGAGCGGCACGGAGCGCUGUGCAUCAGCGAUGAGGUCUACGAGUGGUUGGUGUACGACGGCCGGCAGCACCUCCGCAUCGCCAGCCUGCCGGGGAUGUGGGAGCGCACGGUGACCGUCGGCAGCUCCGGGAAAACCUUCAGCGUCACUGGCUGGAAGGUGGGCUGGGCGCUGGGCCCCGACCGGCUGCUGCAGCACCUCCGCACCGUGCAUCAGAACUCUGUGUAUCACUGCGCCACAGCCGCGCAGGAGGCUGUGGCUCAGGGUUUCCAGAGGGAGCUUGAGCUCUACGGGAAGGCAGAGAGCUACCUUGUGCAGCUGCCCAGGGAGCUGCAGCAGAAGAGGGACUGGCUGGUGCAGAGCCUGGCUGCAGUGGGCAUGAAGCCCAUCGUGCCUGAGGGCACCUAUUUCUUGGUGGCAGACAUCUCUCAGUUCAAGUCUGAUGUCCCUGAGGGCCCCAGCUCUGACGAGCCCUAUGACGCCAGGUUUGCCAAGUGGAUGGUCAAGAACAAGGGUCUUGCUGCCAUCCCACUCUCAGCUUUCUUCUGCAAUGCCCACAAGGGCAGCUACAGCCACUUCCUGCGUUUCUGCUUCGCCAAGGAGGAAGCCACUCUGAAGGCAGCAAACGACAUACUGCAAGCAUGGAAACAGGAGAAGAGCAGCCCCUGAGUGCCCUGCAGAGGGAACCAAGCUCUCCUUGGGCCUCGA